UAUUGUAUAACCGAUAUGCAACUAAAUGUAUGUCUGCACUCACUACAAAUAUCAACGUAUUUCUGAAAAAUGAAAAGCAGUGACCAAUCCAAUUUGUAUCAAAGUUCAACUUGAUUCGCGCCAACUCCAUUUGUAUUCAAUGUCCUUGUUAAAGACAUUUAAAAAGAGAAGGCGAAGCAUCCUUUCUUUCUCCUUCCAUAUGCUUCAAUAAUAGAGAUCCUCCAUCGACGAGACUUUCUAUUCUAUAAGGAGUCAUUGUCUUGCUUUUCUUGGCCGGCCAACGUAUUUCAAUCAAGUGCCUCUCCAAAGCAAAUUCCCUUUGGCUUACAUAAUCCCACGUACGCACCGACCUCUUUCUUCUCAUGUAGACCCUUUGGGAUAUGACAGAGACCUGGGAAAGCAAAGGAGAGAGCUCUUUAAAGAUAACCUUCUUGUAUCUGACGAAAAGAAGAGAGCCGCCUUCUUAUCAUUUACUUCAUCCUAUGGCUGUACAGUACUGAUAAGAGAUUCCCACCUUUGGCUUUCUAAUAUUCCAAUCCUCCAACUAUAUAUAGACUCCCAGUCAAGCCUCCAGCAGCAAACUUACAAACAGCUAAACUUCUUCAGUUCAGCAGCCCAUUGGUGACUCCAACCAUUCCCUGGCUUACCGCAUGAUUCCAGAACUAGAGAAUGCUCGAGUUACCGAGUUACAGGUUCGAAUGGACUGCCAUGGCUGCGUGCAGAAGAUCAAGAAGGCAAUGCACGGCGUCGACGGUGUCUAUGAUGUCUAUGUCGACUUCGAUCAGCAGAAAUUGACAGUAAUUGGAAGGGCUGAUACUGAAAAAAUAAUCAGGGCCAUCAGGAGGACAAGGAGGACAGCCACAGUAUGUCCCCCAAAGGACCCAAGUGAGCCAAAUGGUUCGGAACCACCACCAUCAGCAGAACAACCAGCACCAGAAGCUGCCACCGACCAACCUCCGAAUGAAGCUCCACCACCAUCUGAGCCUCCCAAAGAUACACCACCCCAGGAAAGCCCGAGUCCUGAAGUGCAGCCAUCCCCUGAAGCCAAGGAAGUUGCCCCAUCCAAAGAUAAGGAUGCCGAGGAGAUCCACAUGAUCUAUCUCUACCCACACGGCUAUGUCUAUAAAGCAAACUGGAACCCUCUAAGUGAUCAACAUGAAGUCCCUCCCUUCAUUGCUCAUAGCUAUAACGGCUACCACUUGCCGUACUAUGGGCAAGAAGCCUAUGGCAGGGACUACUAUCACAGGCCACGAGGUGGAUAUGAUGGGAACCAGAUUACCUCCAUGUUUAAUGAUGAGGAUCCGAAUGCAUGUACAAUAGUAUAGGGAAAGAGGGGUAAUAGACAAAACAGAAUGCUUUCUUUAAGCCUUAAGAGUAGUACUAAGAUUGUGAGAGUGAAGCAAAGAGAACAAGAUGCUAGCUUGGUCGGGGAAAAGAUGAUUUUGCCUCGCGGGUAGGACUAAGCUACUAGUCUUUUGUCUAAUUUGUCAUUUGUUGUAAUAGCUUUUGGCUACAAAGUAAGCACUCUUCAAAGAAAAAAUAAUUUGUGGAUUGAGAGUGGAGCAUCCG